AUGUAUUCUGAUUAUAAAUUAUUAUCUUCUUUAUUAUCAAAUAAACAUACGUAUAUAGAUAAGGUAGUCAAUCUAUCAUGUGUAUGCCAUACAAUGAAUUGUUGUGGUUGUUGCAAAACAAAUAAACGAAAUCGAUAUACAUCUGACAAUAUUCAAGAACAAUUUGACAGAUUAACUUAUUUAUCUAGUUUAAACAAGAAUCAAAUACCACAUGCCAAAAUUUGUUUGGAUAAACAUCAAUUUACUUGUCCUUCACCAGCAUUACGUUAUACUAAAGUACUACGUCGAAAACUAUGUUCAGUACCAGAACCUAUGUUGUUUGGUUUACCUAUUCAAUAUGAUAAUCAUUCAAUCGAUCGAAAGAAUUUUUCAAUUGAAAAACUCUGCGAAUGGCCAUUUACUGGUAUAUCAGAAUAUUUGAGAAGUUAUCGUUCAUAUACUGUAGAUGAAAUACAAUCACAUCGAAGUAAAAAAUCAUUUAAAGAGCAUCAAUUUUUAAUAAAAGAUCUUGAACCAAUGACUCUAUUUACAACUUAUAGUGUACAUUGUUGUUAUCUUUUUGUUAUAUAA